GGGAGCUGCUGAUUCUUGCCCACCCGAAGUCUCUUUCUUUUGACGUACUGCAGAGCUGAGGCUUGCUGUUUGUGAUGCACUGGAUGGAGGGUGAUGCGUCUGCUCUUCAUUGUCGACACAAGGAUGAUCGAGGCUGGAACUUGUGCGUGGGAGGUAAAUCUCUAGGCUACUAGUGCUGAUACCGCUGCCGGAGAAAUACAUAGGUUCUUACGGGUACAGGUAGGCGUAUAUAAAAGGCUUAGGACGUCCGAGGCUUGGGUGUUAUGCCGCCCGGCCUGUCUCGUCUUCUCCGUCAAAAAGCUGGCCUCGUAGUAUCGUGUUGUCUUCCAAAAUCCCCUCUAUCGAGAGUUGUUAGAAAUGUGUCACGGGCACCCUCACUACCACCCCUGCUCCCACACGUCGGUGAAGUGGCUGUACUGCCCGGAAGCCAUGUUCGAUCUGGACACUGGAUAUGAGACACCCUGCUCGAACCCGAUCUACUCGACGCCGCAGCCAACCAACAUCGACUGCCCCCUGCAGAACUGCAAUUUUAAGGCCCUGAUGGGGAGCUGGAAUUGCUGUGUAUGUGGGAAGGGUCCCAACACUCAGGGAUGGUGCACCGCGUUGAGCCAUAGGAUGGACUGGAAUCCGCUCACGGGGCAAGUCGAGGACAUGGAAGUACCAUGUGGGCAUGGGUGCUGCAGCUCAUGCAGCCCAUCUUCGACGUCGCGAGGCGCAAGUCCGGAGAUAUCGUUCGCGGACGUUCGAAAGGGGAAGGGGAGCCGCAAAAUCCACGGCGCUGCGAGAGGUGCCGCCGGACACAAGCGAGGAACAACGUACGACUUCGGUCACAACAAUGGGAGUUGUCCUCCUGUCCCCGAGGAAACUGAGCAGGUCACGGUACCGACGGUGACGGCUCUAAUCUCUCGAGGAUCCCGCCGGUCUAGCCACGAUACGAACACCGAGUACACUAAGAAGCCAAAAACGCAGAGUGGGAAGAAGAAAUCACAUAAGGGUCGUGGGCAUCAUUGAGUGGUUUGGAUAUAUGCAGGUAGCCUCUCUAUGUCCCGACCGAGGAAGCUGAAUAAAGGCCACAUUUCGUACCGGAUUCCGGAUUGAUAGUAGGCAACACUCGUUUGGUACCUAUAUUACCUAGUAAGUUACGGAUGAUGCUGGAGGCACAACGAAGUCUAGUACUCGUGGAGGACACCAGGUAGUUAAUACGCGUGCACCCGCAGAAGGAAGAGAUAAAUAAAUUUUGGUGAAACGUACCUCCCACUACGUCGCUUGAUCAUGAAUAGAAUUUGCCGAUUAACACUUUAGAUGCUUCUAGAUUUAUUGAUCGUUAUCCACCUAGACACCUAGCGAGUAAUAGCGGAACAUUGUAUUGAAAACGAAA